UGGCUCAUAUAGAAGAAUUAGAAAUGUUAGCCAAAAACAAAUGAAAAUUCAUUGGUGGAUUCCACCCAAAUACGCUACUGAAAUUUAUAAAAUAUGCUGGGCCAUGGUUGAUAAGCCCCUGGAUAAAACGUGUGAGGAUAUUGAAACAACGCAAAGUCCAUAUGGAAACACCAUCAUUUCCGGAUUAUUACCAUCGACAGAAUACGAGUUUACCAUGAUGAGAUACACCGACAGUCGUAAUUCAAAUCCAAUUUUUGGCACGACUACUUCAGCUCCUGUCAUUUUUACUGGAAGAAAAUCGGAAGAAUCGUUUGACAUUCAACUAGGUCAACCCCAAAGCAAUGAUUUAUACAUUCAAGUUAUUGUGUUAAAGCUGAAGUGCAGUGCUAAACCUUCAGUCAUUCUCGGUGAUGAUAUUGAAAGCUACAAACCAGAGAGUAUUUUAUACAUAGCAGCCGAGAUUGAUGCCAGAGUUUUGGCUGAUGAAAGUACAUUUACUGUUGGCGAUGGAAAGAUAUACCAAACCUCAAGAACCCAGGAGUCGUACGAAAAUGUUAAACUGCAGCAGGAUACCUGCUAUUCUGUUGUUCGUAGAUCGUUUAAACGAAGAAAUAAGCACGACUCGAAUUGGAUGGAUGUUAUGAAGACAGAUGCUCGUGUGGUCUCUACAUCAGAAAGACAUACUUUAAUGUUGACUAAAAGACCGUGGUUCGUUGCCAUUAUGUCGUUUGUGCCAGGAUUUCUCCUUGGGGCUCUUUUCAUUUGGAUUUUAUUACGCCAUCGCCAACUGUUGUCGACUAAAAAAAGCUUUCAGCCUAAAUCCACUAUGACGGAACUUACUAAUGAAGAGCUGAAUGUAACAAGAGAGUAUAAAGAAAAAAAUCGUCAGUCACUGACACGAGCCAAUGCAAGGAGCCCACUUUAUAAGGAAUUAGACUUUUCUAAAAUGAACAUAGAAGAUAAUUACCAAUCUUUGAUAGCUAAUCACGAUUCGUUCUAUUUGAAUAUGGACAGAGACGAGUCUUUGAUCAUGGCAUCUUAUCAAGGACUGGGACCAUCAAUAAUGAACCAAAACGAUGAUUAUCAAUCGUUAACAGAAAAUUUUGCUUUGAAUUAUGUGACUAUUGGGAACGGAAGCGAUGACUUAGUUGAGAAGAACUUAAAUCCAACAUCCGAACAGUUUUAAUUAACUUAAGGAAAGCAUUGUAGCUAUAUAAAUUUAUCGUUUUAUCAUCAGUCAAGACUGCUCAGUAUUCAUUGUGAUAUUUAGUUGAUCAAUUGAAGUUUGAAAAAAGCCUGAAAAUGUAAAAAUUGAAAAUGCAAAAAAAUACACGUAAGUAGUGUGAAACCACUCCUUGGAAGUGAAAGAAUAAGGAAAUUUUAAGGAAACUUGUUGGAUGACACUCGAAAUUUACAUAAGGAAAAAGUCUUAUCAAAAUCAUCAAAGAUGGCAUCAAUGACGUAACUUGCCCAAAAAGAACACAGCAUAAAAUGCAACUUCAUUUCUGUGUACGCUCUCGUAACAAUGUGUUCAUGUAAAUAACUAACGAUAUUUAUAAGAUAAAAAAUUAACAUAUUUAUUUUUUAUUUAUUCAAUAAAGUCAGCUUCCAAAGAGCUA